CGUGGGUGGGUGCGGUCGUCAAGUCCUCACAGCUACGAGUUUCUUGCGGCCGGCAUCUUCCGCUUGGCAAGGCGCAUUGCGCUUCCAGGAGCUCCAACAUCGACAUAUCGACAUCACGCACGACGUCGACAACCCUCACAGCACACCGCCGCAACCAUGUCCGCCGUCUCCCGGUCAAUUGGCUCCCGCCUGCUCGCGCCCGCCCUGCGACCCUCUGCGACACGCGCUCUUGCCCCCGCAUACCGCACAUACUCGACCAACGAGGACACUCCCCACCACCACAAGACGACCCCCGAGGAUGCGCCCGCUGUCCCCCUCAAGAGCGAUUCCACCCAGAUCAGGAAGGAGAGCGCCGUCGAGGGCUUGAGGCAUGCGCCGGAUUACAACGUUGCUGUCGACUACAGGACCUCCAACUUCUCCCCCAUCCCCAAGCGCGUCAUGGACGGCAGUGAGCCUGGUGAGAGCGUGGCUGCGGCUGUGCUGUCUGGCGCACCCGUCGACCUCCAGGCCCGCCAAGUUCGCAUCUACAAGCCCGCAAAGACCGCCACACAGUCCGGAAACUGGACAUCGGAGCACUGGCUUAUGGACUGGGACGUCCUCGCCAAGGGCCACCGCUGGGAGAACCCCCUCAUGGGAUGGGCGUCGUCCGCUGAUUUCAUGAACGGCCACCGCCUGCAGUUCCAGUCGAAGGAGGAUGCCAUCAACUUUGCUAACAAGCAGGGCUACGAGUACUUCGUCCAGGAGCCCAACGUUCGCAAGUUCGUCCCCAAGGCGUAUGCCAACAACUUCACACACGUUCCUGGAAAGUUGAAGCAGGUCAGGACAAAGUGAAGAGAUUCAGGGAAGAUGAGAUAUCACGUGUAAAUACUGGUUCAAGUUUGCUUUUCGUUCUGACUGGCCUGAAGAUGAGGUUCUGCGUGAUGGCAUCGUCUCGAAGAUGGUGAGCAUCUGAAGUGCUAACAUCCAAGCCUUUAACAGUAGCAACACGCAUUCCGAGAAACCACAAGAGAGACGCUGCAAUCUUGAGCUGGUGCACAUGCUGAAGUCCC